UUUCUGUUGUACUAUUUUUUUCGAGGACUUUUAGGAUGCUGAUGCCCCAUUUCCUUACGUGUUCGAACAACUCGGGUGGACAGCUAUAAAAUGGAUUGUAACUACGGGGGCUGUAUUUGCCCUUUGUACCAGUCUUCUGGGUGCUAUGUUUCCACUUCCUCGAGUUCUAUAUGCAAUGGCUUCUGAUGGUCUUCUGUUCUUUUCUUUAUCAAAAGUUCAUCCUAAAACACAAACGCCACUUUUAGCAACUAUUAUUUCUGGAAUAUUUGCAGGACUAAUGUCUAUGAUAUUCAAUCUCGAUCAACUUGUGGAUAUGAUGUCAAUUGGUACCCUUUUGGCUUAUACCAUUGUAUCGGUGUGCGUUUUAGUCUUAAGAUAUGAACAAAUAACCGAUUAUUCUCAUCUGAAAAAGGACUUGGAAAUGAAAAAACAAGAUGUCGUGUUAUUCGAUGUUUUUAAACAAGUGUUUAAUUUGAACAACAAUAAAUAUCCGAACGAAUUUUCGGCCAACAUAAUCAAAUGGAGCAUAGUGGCUUUUAGUAAGUUAUUUUUUAAGGUUCCAUGAUUUUUCAUCCCCCAACAUAAUAUCACCGGACAA